AUGGAGACGCAAACCAUCUCAAAACCCGGCGGUGGCCAGGAUGCAGCGCUCGCUUUCGCCGCGGAAUGCCCCGCGGUCCCCAUGAACGAGGCCACCGACCAUCGCGUCCGCCGCAAGAUCGACCGCAACCUGCUACCGUGGAUGUGCGGCCUCUACCUGCUGCAGUACCUCGACAAGACCACGUUGAGCUACGCGUCAAGCAUGGGCAUCACCGCCGACACGAACAUGACCGCGUCUCAGUACUCCUGGACGGGCAGCAUUUUCUACAUUGGCUACCUGGCGCUGCAGUACCCGCACAAUCGGCUGAUGCAGCGGUUCCCCGUGGCGAGGUACGUGUCGGUGUCGGUUGUUGUGUGGGGCAUCAUCCUCGCCACCACGGCUGCGACGACGGACUUUGCGGGCAUCAUGACGGUGCGGUUCUUCUUGGGGGCGUUGGAGGGCGCUGUCACGGCUAGCUUCGUUCUCAUCACGGCAAGGUGGUACCGUGCAUCGGAGCAAGCGUUCCGAACAGGGAUAUGGUUCUGCUUCAACGGCGUGGCACAAAUUGUGGGCGGUGCUUUGGCAUACGGCGUCUCACGUGGGUUUGAGGAAAAUUCGCACAUCCACUUCUCCUCAUGGAAAGCUCUCUUCCUGAUCGCCGGCAUUGCUACGAGCAUCUACGGGGUUGCACUGUUCUUCUUCUUACCUGAAUCUCCAAUCUCAGCACCAUGGCUAAGCGAGGAAGAAAGGCAUGUCGCCAUCGAGCGGCUUCGAAGCAAUCAGCAGGGAGUGGGGUCCAAGGUAUUCAAGUGGUACCAAUUUCGGGAAGCGUUUACCGACGUCCGCACGUACUUGAUUUUCCUCUUCCUAGUCACCGUUGAUAUUCCAUGUGGAGGUAUCACCGUCUUCUUCACGCAGCUGAUCGGUGGCAUGGGCUUCGACGCCAACACGACCUUCAUCAUCACCAUGCCGGCAGGAGUGGUGCAAGUUAUUUGCAAUCUCGGCUUCUCUUACUUGGCACAGCGGACCGGCUUCCGCAUGCUUUCCGCCGUUGCAGCCAUGUGCCUCAGCCUCUUCGGCAUUGCGUUGAUGGCUGGGCUUGCCAGAGACGGUCCGACGGCGAAUACCAUCGGCCAGAUCAUUGGAUAUUACAUAACAAUUGGCAACUCGGCAACUGCGACCAUCUUGACGCUGAGCAAUAUCUCGAGCAACACGGCAGGGUACACGAAGAAGACGACUGUGAACGCCGUGGCGCUGGUAGGCUACUGUGUCGGCUUUUUGAUUGGACCUCAGACAUUUCGGGACGGGCCUUCGUAUACUAAUGCGAAGAUCAACAUCAUAGCGCAGUGGUUCGCGGCGCUUUGCUUCUGCCUCGCUCUUCACAUUGUGAAUAAGCGAGAGAACACGAGGAGAGACAAGCUUGCCAAUUUUCCCCUGGCUCAACCUAGUGGACAGGAAUUUCAGGAUCUGACGGACAAGGAGAAUCAGUAUUUCAGAUACUCAUUGUGA